GCUUGAUCCUUAUCUCGGCGUCGGAGCCCACAACCGCUUCCCAUCCUCCUCCUUCCCCGGACCGCCCACCACCCCGAAUAUCCCCCAAAUCCCGACGCGACCGCGAAACCCUAGGCCACCGUCGCCGGCCACGGCGAGCCUCUCCGCCGCCAUGGCAUCUCCGGAAGGCUCCAACUGGGUCUUCGACUGCCCCCUCAUGGACGACCUCGCUGUCGCCGACUUCGCCGCCGGACCUGCAGGAGCAUUCUACUGGACGCCGCCGAUGCAGCCGCAGAUGCACACUCAGGCGCAGGCCGUCUCCGCCGCGUCGCUUCCCAACCCCUGUGCUGAAAUCAAUAGCCCUGUCUCUCUGGACUGUGAGCAUGCCAAAGGACAUCCAACAAAUAAACGUCCCAGGUCAGAAAGUAGUGCCCAACCUAGCUCCAAAGCGUGCAGGGAGAAAGUGAGAAGGGACAAGCUAAACGAGAGGUUCUUGGAACUGGGUGCUGUCUUGGAUCCAGGGAAGACGCCUAAAAUAGACAAAUGUGCUAUAUUGAAUGAUGCUAUUCGUGUGGUAACUGAACUGCGUAGCGAAGCAGAGAAGUUGAAGGAUUCAAAUGAGAGUCUCCAAGACAAGAUCAAAGAACUUAAGUCUGAGAAGAAUGAGCUGCGGGAUGAGAAGCAAAAGCUGAAGGCGGAGAAGGAAAGCCUGGAGCAGCAGAUUAAGUUCAUGAAUGCCCGUCAGAGCCUCGUACCACACCCUUCGGUUAUUCCGGCUACUGCAUUCGCUGCCGCCCAAGGGCAAGCAGCUGGACAGAAGCUGAUGAUGCCUGUCAUUGGCUACCCAGGAUUUCCCAUGUGGCAAUUCAUGCCACCUUCUGACGUUGAUACCUCUGAUGAUCCGAAGUCAUGCCCUCCUGUUGCAUAGGCCAGCAAAAAUCAUUUGCCUCAUCUAUCUUGAGGGGAAGGGGGCAAAACUGCCUUCCAUUCAAGUUUAUUUUGGCCGCCGUCAGUGUUACUAUUGUAGUCACACCCAGAACAGAACUGAACUGAAGCCUCUUCUUCGUAUCAGCCGGUGACAUGUGAUGUCCUGUGACACCGUUGUAUAUGUUAGUAAAUAAAUACCAUCCGUUGAAGCAAAUGCGAUUAGACGUUGUAGAGUUAUUGUCGUUGAACCUUUUCUUUUUAUUUUCAUUGUUGCCCUGUAGCCUUGUUUGCUUGUCGCCCGUGAUUUGGUAUAACACAAGUAGGUUGUAGCU